AUGGACGCGUUCAGUACCAGCGAGGCCAGCACUCAAGUCGCGAACACAUACGAACUGGUCGAGAACAUCCUCAUCCAGCUUCGCGAGAUCUCACCGGCCAGUGUCGUCAAGUCACAAGCCGUCAGCAAGACUUUCCAGCAUGUCUAUGCUCGGUCGCAUCAGCUGCAGACUUGCUUGCCGAUGCACUCGAGCGUAGACUCCAGGGGCUCCGAAAGGGGAUUGAAGAUCGAGCCGCUACCUAAGAUUUUCGCAGACACCUGCGUAGCGUGGCCAGAGCCUUUCGGUGCCGGAUGGGAGUACAAGUUGGCGUUUGAGAUCGACUCACAAGAGUUAGCCUCGGGACGCUGGCGCGAGGGCGGGAGUUGGAGGCCAUGGCUGGUGUGCCGAUCUUCCACAACUACGAUCAAAGCAGUCGUCGACGGUAUCGGAGAACACAAUCCCGGAGGUGUCACGACAAAUGGUGGCUAUGAUAUCAGCCUAAACCUUGACUGCAAGACUGGCAUCACAUUUGGGCAGCUCGUAGAUGCCGCACAUGAGCUGGCCGACUUGGACGGCAAAGCACCUUAUCUGCAGGUUGAUUUUAAGGUCAUGACAGAUCACGAGGGUCGGCCAGUCAGCAAAGAAGCCUUUUCCUUGAAAGGUCGGAGGUCAAUCGGUUUUCGCAAGGCCAUGGACUCCGCCUGGCAGAUCAAGAAGCUCUGGGACGGGUUCGAGCCAUAUGGCGUGGAGAAGGAACAAUGA